AUGGUCGCUCCAGCGCGAGCUCUCCAUGAGCCAGUAUUACGCGCGGCAAUCCUCGCCUUUUCGUCCCGGCAUAUCAACAGACAAAGACGGGACGGCGACACAGAGUCAUUGAAGUAUCACAACGAAUGCCUUGAGCUUCUUAUUCCAACACUGUCGUGCAAUGAGAAUGAGAUUAGCGAGGAAUUACUAGCAGCCAUUGCAAUUCUCCGUCAGAAUGAAGAAAUGGAUCGUAAGUUCUCCCAGAUAACUAGCUACCACCUGCUUAUAGCACUAGCCCAGGACAAUCAGUUCCAUUUAACGGGAACGACACAUAUUUUGAAUACAAUGUCCUCCUUUGGCUCCUCUGGAGGAUUAGGUGAAGCAGCCGCCUGGCUGUGCCUUCGCGAGGACAUGUACAUAUCACUCACGUCACAAUCGCCAUUGCGGACGAACCUACAGAGCUUUGAGCGCUCGGAUGUCUUCACCAGAACCGACGACUUUGCGUGGUCCAACCGGAUGGUCUUUCUGUUGGCCAGAAUUUUGAGCUGCGCUUUCAACGAGGAGAGCCGAACGAGACGUUCUUACGCUUCAUUGAAGGCUCUAGAGAAGGAAGUCGACGAUUGGAAUGCGUCCAAACCGCAGACAUUUCAGCCUGUCCAUUUUGUCCCUCGAGGAAAAGAGUCUGAUCGACGAUUCCCAACUAUCUGGACGCUAUUGCCAGUCCAUGGUAUGUACACCCCCUGGUAUGAGCGUGCUCGCUGA